GGUGCUGGCCUGGGUGUCGAUGCUGCAGGAGCACCCACAGGGUACAGUCAGAUUCAGGGUGUCCCAGCACCCACAGGGUACAGUCAGAUUCAGGGUGUCCCAGCACCCCCGCAGGGCACAGGGAGACGCACCGCACCGGCCGCGUACAGGCGGACACAGAGUGCCCCAGCACCGGCCGCGUACAGGCGGACACAGGGUGUCCCAGCACCGGCCGCGUACAGGCGGACACAGGGUGUCCCAGCACCCGGUGUACAGGCGGACCAUGGCGGGGUGCAGGACGCAGGCACGGCUCCUGGCUUCCGUGGUGAUUGUCCUGGCUGUAAUCCGGCAAGUGAGUAGCCAAGUGGUUCAGGCUGAGAAUGUGACCGUGAUGGAAGGAAAAACAGCUGAGAUAGCCUGUAGGCUACACAAUUAUGACGGAUCGAUUGUCGUCAUCCAGAACCCAAAUCGACAAACCCUGUUCUUCAAUGGCACCAGAGCACUAAAAGAUGAACGAUUUAAACUGGUCUCCUUUACCUACCAGCAGUUACGUAUCGCCCUAUCAGAUAUUCGUGUCAGUGAUGAAGGAGGCUAUUACUGUCAGCUGUACUCCGAAGAUACACACCAUCAGGUUGCCGUCGUGACAGUGCUAGUGCCCCCAAAGCCAAUUGUGGAGGUUCAGGGAGAGUUGGUGGCGAACAGCCUCGCGAGCUUAAUUUGCACCGUUCCCCGGAGUAAACCUCCGGCUCAAAUCCGAUGGUUCCGUGGAAAGAAAGAAAUUACAGGAGUGAGCAGCCGACUCCAGACAGGGAAAGUCUUUGAGAUUACCAGCUCAGUGAAUUUUACCGUGGACAGAAAGGAUAAUGGUGACAUUGUGACUUGUGAAGCAAAUGUGCCGUCAGUGAAAGGAAUGAAGAAUCGGAUCGACUUCCCAUUGAAUGUACGAUUUCCCCCCGUGGUCAAAGUUCAAACUCCGUCCGUCCACUUGAGAGAAGGUGAUGACCUGACGUUGACUUGCCUGGUGACAGGAAACCCACAACCCACCGAAGUGACGUGGAGCCGUCUGAAUGACACACUGCCAAAGCACACCGAACAACAGGCCAACCGACUGAUCCUGUCGGCUCUCAGCUCCCUCGAUAAUGGCACUUACCUCUGUGAGGCUGCAAACGAGCUCGGCAGCUCAGCCGACCAGUACGUGCUGGUGGUUCACGGUGACUUUGGUUGGUUGGCACACCCAAUCUCACUUCCAAAAUUCCUUUGUGACUCCGAUCUAGGUUCUUACCUGACGCAUGAAGCUAGCGGAUUGGAUGAGCAUGGAGAGGCGCGGGAAGCUUUCAUUAAUGGGAACGAGAGCCAUGAGAGGAAGAAAGAAUAUUUCAUCUAGAGAGUGAGCGAGCGAGAGAGAGAGAGAGAGAGAGAGAGAGAUGGUCGCUAAGUGGCCCAGAACCUCAAUAGGCUACUUGUAAACACUGAUCAAACUUGCCUUUUCUUUUAAUCGAUGGCUUUGUUAUUAGCAAGUAUUCCACCUCACAGCACUGAACACUGAUGAUCUCUGGUUUGGAUUCUCUGUUGUCUCUGUUACAACUGGAGCGGUUUUGUGGCUGGUGGAAAUAAAAGAGCCCACAAAAGUCUGUUCAGCAAACAAUGGGACUCCCAAGGCUGCUCAAGACGAACAACGACAGAGAGAGAUUACUACUUCGGCAAAUCUGGUCGGUGACAACUUCCCUUCCACCACCCUUCACCUCAACUGCCCCCACCUGCCACCCUCUAACCCCUGCACACAUUUCAGGCUGGCUCGAAAAGAGACUAAAGGUGGAGUCAAGCUGUACUUUUUUCCAUUCAAAGAAACAGUCUACUUUUUUUGGUGAAUGAGAAUGUGUCAGAUACUGAGAUUAUCCACCGUCUUCUGCUGGAGGACCUGCUCCUGUCAAUGCGACCCUCGUUUUCUCUCUCAGUUUAAUGACUGUGGUUUCUUGGCCAUGGUGAACUGCUCCUAUGGGCUUAAGUCAUUACCAGAAAUUCAUUAUUUUUAACUAUGGUUGUUUAACUGUUGUUUCUCUGGGUUCUCACUGCUGGGAAUUGAGAGUAUUUGACCUCACUGAGCAGCGAUACUAACUACUUGUGGACCACCAACUGUCCCUAGCCCCAACUAUCAUAGGAUCACUGCAACACAGAAGAAAGGUCACUUGAACUCUCACAAUUGUGUAGCACUUGGAAGGCGAUGGGUUAAUCAUCCUUGGUCCUUGACGACAAUUUAUUACAACUUAACCCUGAGAAAGAUGUUACCACAAGGAGAAUCCUUGAGAAAUUCUAACCAGUAUCAAAACUGUCUGAUGCUCAAUGAAGUGUACAUUUGGUCAGUUCAAAGCAAUUGGAGAUGACGACUUCAACUCCCACAGAUGAGAGAGGUGAAUCUUUAAAGAUUCAAUCAAUAUAUUUUAGUCAAUGUAUCAGAUGACAGAUUGAUCUCGUCCCAUCUCAUUACCCACUAGGCUGUGCAGAUAAAUAUCAUGAUUUGUAGCUGAGGAGGGACAUUUCCAAAGAUUUUCAUCAUUCGAUUAUCAGGUCGAAUGCAAAGGUGCCAAAUUUCAACUAUUUCUAUUGCAGAAGGAAGGGGUGCCAACUGUUUAACAAGUCGACUCUGAUAAGACAAGUCUUGUUCCUGGGCUGUACAGAAGGAAUGAGGCUAACACACAUUCCCUCUGAUUUGCCGUACCUAGCUCUCUGUGUGCCUCAUCCCUUGAGUGUAAAUUACGAGCUCAAACCGAUUCUCGUGCAUUGUAGUGGUUGUCGUAAGCAUCCGCACGCUCGAGAUUGUUUGGAAGGUCUUCUUCCCUCAUUUUGGAAUUAGACUGAAAAAUAGCCCUUUGUUUUGGGAGCUGGCAAGAUGGAGCUGUGAGGGUACAGUCUUGUGAAUAGCUGAUUUACUUCAAGCAACUGACCAUUGGAAUGUGUGACCUAUUUGGACUCACACCCUUGGAAUUCACACACAGAGUGGUGCUCAAUUUCCAAAUAGGCAGAUCGUCUCUUUUGGACUGACUGUAGAAUCCUGUUUGGGGGGACAUCCAGAGCUUGGGGACUCUAUAGCUCCCAGUUGCUUUGUCCGUGGAAAACCCAGGUCUUGUCAACUAAUUGUUUUCUGCUGUGCUAUAAAUUUCCAUUUCCUGAGAAA